ACAUUGCUAGUAAACAUUUAAAGAAUAAUAUUGAUCUCUCGGCCGGCAAUGGUCAAGAUGAAUCGCUACUUGAUCACUCUAUUUACUCUCUCAAUAAUUGCAGUAGUCAACCACGGUGAACUGGCUGAGGAUAUCAUCCGUUUGCCAUCGGAAAAACUUGACUUCUCGGAUGAUGACUCCAUUGGGACCAGAUGGGCCAUCUUGAUCGCGGGUUCUAAUGGUUACGAGAACUACAGGCAUCAGGCAGAUGUAUGCCAUGCAUAUCAGAUCUUGAAAACGGGUGGUCUCAAGGAGGAACACAUUGUUGUUUUCAUGUACGAUGACAUCGCGUAUAAUCGGUAUAAUCCCAGACAAGGAAUCAUUAUCAACAGCCCAGAAGGUGUUGAUGUGUAUCAUGGAGUCCCAAAGGAUUACACUGGGGAUGAUGUGAAUGUCGACAACUUUAUUGCUGUUUUGCUCGGGGAUAAAACUAAAGUCAAAGGUGGAAGCGGGAAGGUUGUGGAUAGCGGUCCAAAUGACCGCAUUUUCAUUUACUACUCUGACCAUGGUGGUCCUGGUGUGCUUGGGAUGCCAACAAAACCUUACCUGUAUGCAAAUGAUCUUAAUGAGGCCUUGAAACAAAAGCAUGCUUCCGGAACAUUCAAAAGCUUGGUGUUUUACCUUGAAGCCUGUGACUCUGGAAGUAUAUUUGAGGGUCUUCUUCCUCAAGGUUUAAAUAUUUAUGCAACCACAGCCGCUGGCCCAAACGAGGACAGUUGGGGCACUUAUUGCCCUGGGAAGUAUCCUAGACCGCCCCUCGAGUAUGACACAUGUAUAGGUGACUUGUAUAGUGUUGCUUGGAUGGAAGAUUGUGAUGUACACAACCUGCAAACAGAAACUAUCAAGCAGCAGUAUAAACUGGUUAAGGAGAGAACCUCAAAUAACCACUAUUAUCGCGGAUCCCAUGUGAUGCAAUACGGUGACUUGCCACUUAGCACAGAUAGUCUUUACCUGUAUAUUGGUACAAACCCUGCGAACGAAAAUUUCACUUUUAAUGAAGAAAACUCCCUAUUUCAAUCACCGGAAGCUGUUAACCAGCGCGAUGCUGAUCUGUUACAUUUCUGGCAUAAGUACCGGAAGGCUCCAGAAGGUUCUGAUAUGAAAACCGAAGCUCAGAAAAGGUUUAUGGAAGCCAUGUCUCAUAGAAUGCACGUAGACAGCAGUAUACAGCUCAUUGGCAAGGUUUUGUUUGGAUUGGAGAAGGGUGUCGAGGUGAUAAACACUGUUCGAUCUGCCGGGAAACCUCUAGUUGAUGACUGGACCUGCCUUAAAACAUUUGUGAGGACGUUUGAGACGCAUUGUGGGUCCUUAUCACAAUACGGCAUGAAACACAUGCGAGCCAUUGCGAAUUUGUGCAACGCUGGAGUCACAAACGACCAGAUGGCUGCUGCAUCAUCACAAGCGUGCACCACCUUCCCCUCAAAUCCUUGGAGUUCACUUAGCAGCGGUUUCACCGCAUAAUGUUCUUGAUUCUUUGGAGAUUAAUCGACCCGUAUGCUUAAAUUCACCACAUAUCAUACAUCUGUUGUUAGUCGUCAGCUGUAUAUAGCUUCAUAUAUUUACAUGUACAUCAUCCUAUGUAGCUAUAUUCAGUUAUAUAUGUACCUACACAUGUUUAUUAGAAAUCAGUUGCAGUGUUUCAAUAAGAAAAAAAAGUGACCAUGCA